AUGGAAGACGGAGAACCUUCAAAUACAGGCAUGGAAGAUGGAGAAGCUUCAAAUAACCUUUCGGAAAAACUACCAAAACGAGUCCUCGGCGAUGGUUGCUACCCCGUUGGUGCUCGGUUGAACAUAUAUUCAAAGGCCAAUGUCAUUGGCCUCCUUGUCGAGGCGUUAAAGGGUACUAAAGAUCUUGAGAAGCUACUUCAUUCCCAGUUUGGGAAGUUGUUCCAUCUACCUGUUGCAAGAUGUUGCAACAGCGCCAAACUUGUCCAUGCCCUUCUAUCACGACAACUUGUGACCACGAAGAAACACGAGAUUUGGUUCCUCUUUGGUGGACAGCCUCUGAGAUAUUCGAUACGGGAGUUCAAGGAAAUCACUGGAUUGAAUUGCAAUCCCGAACCUGAUAGCACAGAAGAAGAAGACGAUGUGGGAAAAACAGGAAUCUGGAAAGACCUGUUCGGAAGAGCGAAGGCGAUGAACGUGUUUGAUGUGCUUGAAAUGCUAAAGGACCCGGAUCUACCCCGAUGGAAACGGCUUCCAUUGGCCCUAAUCGUUUUUGUCGACGGUGUUCUGUUUUGCAAUAGCAAAAAUCUGGCCCUCACCGAGAAAUACGUUGCGAUGCUGACUGACUUGGAUAGGUUCAUGCUGUAUCCAUGGGGGAGGGUAUCCUUUAACAAAACAGUAUCUCGUUUUCAAGCUCCGAAGGCAAUCACGGAUGCCGAGAAAAGGGAGAAUCCUGUAACACGAUUGCGCCGUCAGCUUAAACAGAAAACCAGUGCAUGCUAUGGAUUCCCUCUAUCACUACAACUCAUGGCCCUCCAAUCUAUACCAAUGUUGGUUUCCAAAAUUCCUCAACCUGAUAACUUGAAGACAUUCCUUGAAGAUCCCGAAGGCUGUCAAAACGUUAUCACACUGUUGCAUCUUGGGGACAUACAUGCCGUGGAAUCUGACCCUCUGUUGUCUGUGAAACAGAUGGUAGAUGAGGUAGAGGAUGCCGAAGUUGCAUUCAUGCAGGAACUCAUGGCCGAGGGGUACAAAUUCACACCUUCGGAUUUUGCAGUGGCACCGGCCCCUAUCGUGGAUAUUAGUGAUGCAGAGGACGAGGAAGAGAGGCAGGGCAAGAACUCUUCUAAUCUAUCGGAAGAUGAAUCCCUUGAUAGUGGACCCAUUAAAGAGCUUAAAAGAUGGAUAGUACGUCAGAAUACUUUGCUCCUUCGUGACAUUAAGACCGAGUUGGACAAGAGAUUGGGCGUAUACCAAGAGGACGAAGAAGAUGACGAUGUACACCAGUCAAAAGAAGAUGGGGAACAGGAUGACGAAGGACAGAAUACAAAAAAAGAUGGUAAAAAACCGGAUGAAGAUGAAGACGAAGCCGAAGAUGGAGGUGAAGAAGGAGGUUAUGAUGGGGCACAGUCUAGCGUACGCCAUAAUGAUGGUGUACACCCCGAAGCUGGUGUACACCAGAAAGAAAGAGAUUAUGAAGAAGGGACAUCUACUUACUACGGCGGGGACCAUUAUUCUCCCAGGGACCAUGCGUACUUGAAGACUACAGAAGCUCCGACGAUGACCCCUGAACCGGGACAAGCCAAUUCAGGAACAACUCGUCCACCUCCUUACUUCGUCAUUCCGGAUGAAGAUCCACCUACUGGCCUCAACGAGGUGGAUGGUGGUAGAAAAAAUUUGGUGUCAGGCCCCUUAGUAGUCUACAAACCUCAGACUCCUCACCCAUUGAGCUACGCAUAUAAGAAACAUGAAGCGCAGACAGAUGCACAGGAUGCAGAGGCUGUGGCUAAUGAGGACGACUCAAAUUUGGGGAAAGAUUACCAUACUGCGCCUGAGGAUGCAAGUGAUGCUUCGCAGAAGACCCCUUGUACUCCUAAACCCCCACAAGAAGUUGAGGGAUCGUCUGGUGUGAGCGACUUUUGCAUUGUCACUGGUCAUACUGUGAACAAUCAAUUCUUCCUACAAAUUGCGAAGCCUACUGAGUGGGUUAACACGAUGCACAUGCAAGUAAUAAUGGCCAUGCUUUGGAGACGUAGAGGUGAAAUCUACUUGAAAGACAGGGUAGCAUUUGUAGACACCUUGUUCAUAUCCAUCAUCGGCAACUACUACAACGAUUUCAUAUCGCGAGACAAAAAUCAGUAUGACUGGGGGAAAGCCAUUCAGGGCAUUGUAUUGGGAAAACCAGCAAAGUGGGCUAAUCAGCGGCAGAGGCAAAUGUUUCUACGGUUUGUGGACGUUGUAUGCGUCCCGAUGAACUGGGGGUCUGAGCAUUGGGUAGGCCUUGUAAUUGACUUUAAAACGGGCAACAUAAAGAUUUUGGACUCUUUCAUCAGUCAUAAUGAUGAAGCGGCUGUGGAGCAGUAUAUGGCGCCCGUGUGUCAAAGUAUGCCAUUUAUAUUGAAGCGUUAUUUGGAUAGCAAAUUAACAGAAGGCGUACGCACCACCCCUUACACAUGGAGUCGUUUGGAGGGCAUAUAUCAGAACAAAAGAUCCGGUGACUGUGGGCCAUGUGCGGCCAAAUUCUUAGAGAUGCAUGCUGCAGGGCUUGGAGUGGAGGAUAUGGCUUUGAUAACGGACGAUGCCGUUGACAGGUUAAGGGAGAAGUACGCCAUGGACUCAUACGAAGAGUUUGUCGGGAAUCCGGCUAUUGCCAACGCUUAG